AUGGUGUCCGCCCGUUUUGCUCCCGCACUCCGGUCAAAGGUCGCGGUCUCGGUCGGCCCCCGCAUGUCCGUCCGGGCAUCGCACGACUUGACUGUUCUUAACCAGCCCAAGACGAACAAUGCUGUUCCCAUCACGCGUGAGGGCUCGCCCAUCGGCGGUCGCUCCUCGGUCUCCGGCCACACCGUGACCGUGUUUGGCGCGACCUCGUUCCUCGGCCGCUACCUCGUCUCCAAGCUCGCCAAGGACGGCACCCAGGUCAUCGUCCCUUACCGUGACGAGGACGCCAAGCGACACCUCAAGGUGGCCGGCGACCUCGGCCAGGUCGUGCCCCUCGAGUGGGACGCGCGCAACCCGGACCAGAUUCACGAGGCCGUCCGCCACUCCGACACGGUGUACAACCUCGUCGGCCGUGACUGGGAAACGCGCAACUACUCGUACAAGGACGUCAACGUCACUGCCGCGGCCCAGAUUGCGCAGAUUUCCGCCGAGAGCGGUGUCGACCAGUUCAUCCAUGUCUCGCACCUCAACGCCAACCCCAAUUCCACUUCCGAGUUCUACAGGACCAAGCACGCCGGUGAACGCGCUGUGCGUGACGCGUUCCCCAACGCGACCAUUGUUCGCCCCGGCCGCAUGUUCGGCGGUGAGGACUGGCUGCUCAACGCCGUUGCGACCUGGCCCGUCCUCGGCAAGCUCAACAACGGCAACACCCAGAUCCUUCCAGUGCACGUCGUCGACGUCGCCCAGGCCCUCAAGGUCAUGCUUGACGCUCCCGUUACGUCGGUGGCCUCCACGUUCUCUCUUCCCGGCCCCGAGAUGCACACGUUCAACUCGAUCGCGGCCCUCAUCUCGGAGCUCACCCUCAAGCCCGAGACUUCGAUGCCUGCCGUGCCCAAGUUGGUUGCGCAGAUCUUCUCCAACAUUGUCAACCGCGCCAUCUGGUGGCCGGUGCUCUCGCCCGACGAGCUCGAGCGCUACUACAUCAACGACGCCGGUGUCGAGGAGCUCUUGCGCCCUGACGUGUCGUCGUACCCUGCCGGCUGGGCGCCCGAGUUCCCGGACAACUCGGUGCCCGCGGUUGACGGCGAGCCCGUCAAGUCGUGGUCUGACCUCAUGAUUGAGCCCGACCUCAUUGGGGAGCACGCGAUCAAGUACGUUCGUCGCUACCGUAUCUCGGCCAACUUCGACGUCCCCGUUGAGAUCGGUCGCUUCAAGCGUCCCAAGCCAUACCAUGUUGUGCCCUAG